GGCACUGGGCGGUUCAUGAAUGGGGUUUUGAAGUGGGAGGGCCCAUCAUCUGACUUUACCAGGGCAGGAGGAAAAAAGUGGGUGUUGUGCUGUGGUGUUUGGCUCUGUGCGAUGUAUCUUCAUGACUGUUUUUAAGCACAUGAGCAGCAGUACACUGUGUUUACGGACUGCAGCGGAGCGACCGGCCCGGAGCAGCAGUGCUAACAUCCGUCAGUUGAGACGUGCAGCGGGGGGAAAGCUAGCUCCGUAACCCAGCCAGAGCGACUCAGUGACGGCAGCCCCGGACCCUGAGGAGGGAGAACCGUGUCAGAGAGCCAUGGGUUUCCGUAAGAAGAACAAGAGCCCGCCGGUGCUGAGCCACGAGUUUGUGAUCCAGAAUCACGCCGAUAUGGUUUCGUGUUUGGCCAUGAUUAUCCUCCUCGGCCUGAUGUUCGAGGUCACAGCAAAGUUUGCCAUCAUGUUCAUCACAGUCCAGUAUAACGUAACACAAGUUCUUGAUGAAAAAAGUGAGCCAGUGAACCUUUACCAGUAUGGUCCUAAGGAUGUGGCCACUGUGUUUUUCUACCUGCUCAUUGCCGUCAUACUUCAUGCCUUGAUACAAGAAUAUAUUCUCGAUAAAAUGAACAGGAGGUUGCACCUGUCAAAAACCAAACACAGCAAGUUCAAUGAAUCUGGACAGCUCGCAGCGUUCUACCUGUUCUCCUUCAUCUGGGGCUGCAGCAUCCUAACAGCGGAGGACUUUGCAACAAAUCCAACUUUCUUAUGGGAGGGUUACCCACACAGUCACAUGGUUUUUCAGGUCAAGUUCUUCUAUAUUUGCCAAAUUGCCUAUUGGCUCCAUGCACUUCCUGAACUGUACUUUCAAAAAGUACGGAAGGAGGACAUCCCCCGCCAGCUCUAUUACAUUUGCCUUUACGUUGUCCACAUCACUGGUGCCUACGUCUUAAACCUCCACCGACUGGGCCUGGUGUUGCUGGUCCCUCACUACUUGGUGGAGCUCCUGUUCCACGCUUCACGCCUCUUCUACUUCAGCGAUGAGAACAAGCAGAAAGGUUUUACUCUGUGGGCGCUACUUUUUGUCAUCGCCCGCCUCCUCACCCUCACCCUCUCAGUUCUUACGUUUGGCUUUGGGCUGCCCCGUACAGAAAACCAGGGCUUCUCUCUAGCAGAAGGCAACUUCAAUGUGCUCACCGUAAGGAUGACUUGUCUGGCAGCUAUCUGCCUGACACAGGCCUGGAUGAUGUGGAAAUUCAUUAACUUCCAGUUGAAAAAGUGGAGGGAGCACAGCCAGAACCAGGCCUCAAAGAAGAAGACGGUCAGCCCGAAGAGCAAGCCUCACAAAAGGGAACCUACAAGGGGAGGUACUGCCAAUGGGGUGGUGAAGUCUGAGGAUAAAACGUCACCGCGGGCAAGAAAAGCCAAAGCUUCAUAGAGGUGGAAGGGUUGGAAGAAAAACUGAGUGAGGGAGUUCUGACAAUGUGACAUUAAGUCUUUACACAACUUCAAAUUUUGUCUACUGCUCUCCAAAACAAAUGUUUAAGCGCACUAAGAAACCUUACAUAACUGUCCCUUUUGGGGUUGAAACUCCCCCUUUUUGAAAAAGUUCAGUGUUACUGUCUAUUGAAGGUGUUUAUUAUUAACUUGGAUUCUCUUCAGAUGGGACGUUGGCAGGGCAGAGUUGGUUUUGAUGCUUUAACAGGAUAGAUUUAGCUCUUUAAAGUGUCCUUUUGUGUAAAACUACGAUCACUCGUCGGGUAUUUUAAACUGAGUUGCUCUUCAGUAAUUAGACAUUGAAUCAGUUAGUAUCACAGUACCUUAAGAAGCGAAUUUUGACUUCAGGGCAACUUAAUAAAAGUGUUAAUGUACAGAUUAACUGUACGGGGUGUCAUUUUAAGUUUGGGCCUUAUUCACUUCAACUUGAUUAACAGGCCACUGGUUCAUGUCCCAAAAUAAAGCCUUUCUUGCUCUGUAAGACAGCACUUCAGUAUUCUGCUGUUGUCAGGAAAAGAUCCUAAAUUCAUCGCUCCAGAGGAAGAUUUGUGCUAUUUUAGGUAUUUGACAUAGCUGCAGCCAGAAAACUGAAGCUUGUACUUAACUCAUUUACUGCCAUUAUUUGACAACCUCUGCCUUUGAAAUCCAAUAUGCUAUAGGAUUGAGGCACUUUUAUAUAAUUUUUUGUUUGCUUUUAUCACUAGCCUGGUAAACCAGCCUGUCCCAGGGGGUUCAUCCAGGUUAGGUGACUCACCAAUAGGAAGCUGUACUGUAACCUGUGAUGCUGUACUGUAUGCAUACAGUUAAAUCUUUAUAAUGGCAUGAUUGGAAACCUGAGCAAGAAACUGUGUUUGAGGCUGCACUUAAGUCUUUUAUAUGGUAAUGUUAAUGCAUGAUGGUUUAAGGCUAAAGACUUUAUGGCUAGUUCCUACCUGUGCUGUUGAGUUUGCAUCUCUCUCUCUCUCUCUCACUCUCUCACACACACACACACACACACACACACAUGCAUACAUGCAGUAUACACAAACACACAAGCAUUCAGUGGCCUUUUUACAACUGCUGCAAGAGGUUUGAGUUAUUUAUUUUUGUCAUAUACUACAGAUAGUUAUUAUUUUAUAUGCUUUGAAAAGCUAUAACCAGCAAACACAGCGGUACAUAGCAACUGCGUUUAGUUAAUCCAAACAAUACAAUCUUUCUUCAAGUGUCCUUAUAACGUCAGUGGUUUGUAUCACUCCUUCUGCUUGUGUUGCGUUCUGUUUGCCUUCUCUGUUUUUUAUCCUCGGGUAUCAGGGGACAAGCUAUUCACUACUUAAACUAUAAGUUACAUCCCAUAUUGCAAUGGGAAGUGUGUUUGUGAGGGAUUGUGUUUGUAUGCCUGCGCACUCGCUCGUGUGUGUGGUGUGUGUGUAUGUACAGUAUUGUUUUGCCUACCGUGUACGUUUGUGUAUUAACUGGGCCUGAAUGAUGACGACGAUGAUGACAACGAUGUUUAUUGCUUGUCUCGUAAAAGAAAUUAUUGCCUGUGUGCAGAGCAUGAAAUGUGACAAUCUGUUCAUUGACUCCUGCCCUGUGGUUGUAUUUCACAAUCACAUCCUGUCCUUUAGUUCACUUUUGUUGGGCCUCGGUCUCCGUUCCCAACAUGCUUCUAUGUGUAAAACACUGAGUUGUGGAUAGGUGUAUGUUCUAUAGGAUAUUGGUUACUAAAUGCUUCUGUGUUCUGUCUCUGCCCCUCAGAUGCCCCUAUCCUGUGUGAGAGAGAUUUUGUGAUUUCUGUUUGCCAAAUGCGGCAUGUUUUGUCACCUCCUGCUUCACCUUUUCAAUGAUCCUGACAUUGCUAUGGAGCGCACGUAUUGUACUGUUGGCCAUACUCUUUCCUGUCAUGGACCAAGUCCUGCUCCACUACUAAACGCACUGUGCAUGUGAAGCUCUGUACAGAAAAGACUGUACUACCUGUCUGCAGACAGCUGGAGUUUUGAGUCUUGAGUCUAGAGCAGGGAGGAGAUGAGGAUGCCAUUCAUUUUUGCUCCCUUUAGUGCUCCUUAUUGGGACUUUGGUGGUCUUUAAAGCCCUAUGUCUGUGUAUGGCAGUGUCAUAGGAGGGAAGGAGGAGCAGAGGACUUAUGUACCAGCCUGUUAUUAGACUGUCUCAGAUGUAAAAGAGAAAAAAAUGACUUAACCCAACACUGUACUAAAAUAUGUGUCAGAUUUUUAAGCUAUUUUUAUAGAGGGGGAAACUGUUGAAAUUCACUGUUGUUCAGUACACAUGUGUGAAUAUUUGUUUUGCAUCCAUAUUGAUAUGAAUUGUUUUUUUUUUUAUAUAUAAGAAUGAAGCUUGCUGAACUGUUGGCGUGGGUAUACAUUGUGGUAUGAGUGUAAAACAUUUACUUAGCCUACUGGUUUAUUUAACUUCAUGGCCUUAUUAGAGCAAAGUGAACUCAGUUGUAUAACAGUGCUCAGUUAACACUGCUGCAGGCGUAUACUGCAGCUUUCACAACUACUUUUCAUGAUAGUAAAAAGCACCGUCACAACGACACUAGUCAUCCACACAUCAGUUUAAAAAUAUGAUCAGAGGAGCAAGUGGUCAGUAUUGUGUUUUCUUUGUUCCAGUCCUGCAGGUGUUUUUCCGUAACUUGUGAUUACAGGCCCGGGAUGUAGACCUAACAAACUACAUUUUUCAGAAUGAGGCCAUCUGUAAGCUUUUCUUGCUCAUCAGAUGUCACUUAUAACAAUCAGCAGAUGUUUAGGCUAUGAAACAUGAGCCACACUGCAGUUCACGGCCCCCUUGCUUCGAGACACAAUAGCCUGUAUAAUCCCACAGGAAUGCACUUUUUUGCAUAAUAUGCAUUAUGUCAGAGCACCAUAACACUGCUCACUUUGGGCUGUUUCUGCAUUGAUUCUCAAUGAAUUUACAAAUUGAAGUUGCUCAAUUCAAACUGUGUGCAUUUUGUAAUUGUUUGAAACUUAAAAGAAAAACACUGCAAUGGAUUAACUUUAUGAGCAACCUCUAGGUGGCAACAGUCAUUAAUGCAUUUGAACGUGAGAUCACUUUAAAAAAAAAAAAAAAAGACCUGCACAGCAGAGACACAUGUUUAUUGUAUUCUAUUAAUUCAUUAUGCAUUGUCCUUGAUUUGUUUUUACUUUGCUGCUUGUCUAUAGAUGUUGCGAUAUAUUUCUUUUUCAAAUAUGUUGUCUCUGAACUGCUCUGAUGGUAUAUAUUUAUGCAAAAUUCUUGUGAGUUCUGAUAAUUUCUUCUUUGUCCCUAUUUUUUUAUUUCAUGUUCAAAUAAAGCUUUUGAUCAUUACA